AUGACGAGCAAAGAUCCACAGGUAACACAAUCAGUGUGUACUCCAUCAACAGAUACUAAUACCACGAUCAGAGAACUACAGCGAACAAGUGCAACUGACACUCCACCAAAGGGCACAAAUACAAACACCAAAGAACCACAGGGAACAAGUGCAACUGACACUCCACCAAAGGGCACAAAUACAAAGACCAAAGAACCACAGGGAACAAGUGCAACUGACACUCCACCAAAGGGCACAAAUACAAAGACCAAAGAACCACAGGGAACAAGUGCAACUGACACUCCACCAAAGGGCACAAAUACAAAGACCAAAGAACCACAGGGAACAACAUCACCGGGUGCUCAACUAUCGGGGUUAAGUACGAGUAUCAACAAGCAGGAAACAGCAUUAGCAGGCACCGAAUCACCGGGCUCAAAUACGAAGACCAACCAGACCCAAGGAGCUGAGGUAUCAUGUGAUACAAAUAAGACCAUAGAGUCAAAGGAAACAUAUUUGGGAGGUGCUAAAUCACAACUUCCAAAUAUUACAACCGAGAAGCCACUGGAAACAAAUGUAGUGAACACUGAAUCACUGCGAAAGGAUACAAUAACCAGCCAAGGUACUCAACCAUCAAGGGAUAAGGCCACAAAUGAGCCCCAAAGAACAGAAUCGCCAAGUACUCAAUCCGUACAGACUCCAACUGUUAAAUCACCUGGCAACAAAUCAUGUGAUGCAGUACCGCUGUCACGUGAGGCAAAAGUCUCAGAAGUGAGCACUCAGCAUAAGGAAGAAACAGGGUCACGUGACGUCACACAAAAGCCCUUUGAUGAGCCAACUGGCGCUAACGUAACAACAGGUACAAAGUCAUCAGUUCAAAAGUCGCCCCAUGCAARCUCACAACAUUCAAAACUGACGAAAAGUACUUCAAAAUGUAAAGAUGGCAAAACAUCGUCUGUACCCAAAUCAUUUCCUCCCAAAUCAGGGAGAGCUCUUCRCUCUAACUCAUCACACCAUUCUCAUGAGACACCAYGYACGGAACUUCAAACCAUCCUACCCUACAAAUACAAGAAAACUAAMACAAGAAAAACAGUUAGUAAAAAAUAA